UCACGGCCCCUUUUCCGGCGUCCCGGGAUCGCGUCCGUCCUGUGGCCGACUGGGGAGCCAGCGGGGCCUCGGUGCCGCUAGCGCGGUCCCGGCAGUCCCCUGAGCCUGGCAAUGGCGUUCUCAGGCUCUGCCUUGCCUCGGCCCCUGGUUUGACUCCCAACCCUGCCUUUGUCCUUCCUUUGCUUGUUAACGUUGCCUUUCAAGGGUUGAAAAGCGACAAGUGAAAACUCAACGUCUUCUGUUUUUUGGCUGAUUUCAAAUCUAAACGGAGAAAGGCCGUGAUGGAAGGCGAAAAGAUUGGUCAAAAUGGCAGGUGAAGAAAUGAAUGAGGACUAUCCUGUGGAGAUCCAUGAGUCCUUGUCGGCCCUGGAGAGCUCCCUGGGUGCUGUGGACGACAUGCUGAAGACCAUGAUGUCUGUUUCUAGGAAUGAGUUGUUGCAGAAGUUGGACCCACUUGAGCAAGCCAAGGUGGACUUAGUUUCUGCAUACACAUUAAAUUCAAUGUUUUGGGUUUAUUUGGCAACUCAAGGAGUUAAUCCUAAGGAGCAUCCAGUGAAGCAAGAAUUGGAAAGAAUCAGAGUCUACAUGAACAGAGUCAAGGAAAUAACAGACAAGAAAAAGGCUGCCAAGCUGGACAGGGGUGCUGCCUCAAGAUUUGUCAAAAACGCACUCUGGGAACCAAAACAGAAAAAUACACCAAACGUUGCUAAUAAAGGGAAAAGUAAACAUUAACCUUCUGGCUUUGAUGUACAUGUUUUUAAAAAGUACAUCGUUUUUAUCAGUUUACGAAAUAGGUAGUUACGUGGCAAUGUGAGGUUUAAAUGGAUUCCUUUUUGAAUUCAUACCGAAAUUUACACAUUAAAUUUGUGAUACUGAAUCUUUUUUUUUGCUGUGAAAGAUUAAGUUGUCUUUAUUGAUUUUCAUAUGCAGUAUCAUGAUGUUUUUAAUAUUGUAAGAUAUUCUAUAAGCAAUUGUGAAAUCCAAAUGUUCUUUGUAAACAUUUGUAGUGUUUUAAAUGAAUAAUGAUAUUAUGAAGUGUGCUGUCUGUAGACUGGAGAUCUAAGGACAUCUGUUUUCACUAAUGGUGAUAAAUACAAUGACUCAAAUACCCA